GGGAACUGGAGAGUGAGCACUUUCCAACCACUUCAUCUGAACAACAGACAGAUUGGCAGGAAAGGCCUGUCAGCCCUUCGCUCUGCCACCCAGGCGUCAACAGGGAGCCCCCAUCCAUGCAAACAACCCUGUUUAAAAAACCCCUAAGUGAACAGAAGAGGGAAAAUGUAACUGUUGCAUCUGGGCUGCAAAAGUAUGGGCCAGCAAAUACCCCUUUGCACCGACUACUGGGGCAGCAAUAACCCAAUCAAUACACCUGAAGAUCGUAGCAGAGAGACUCUCCCAUGUUUAUAUGACCUCCCUGGACAAGUACAGCCUGUGCAAGCUCCCCGUCUGUGUACCUCAGCCAUGACAAGGAGGGCGAUACAAGAUUCCCACAUGGCACACCCUCCGCUUGGUUUCCCUGCUGAGGAUGUGCCAUGCAGGACAGAACCAGUGUAAUAUCAGCAACUUCAACACAUUGUGUUUCUUCAGUCUGUCAAACCGAGCUGUUAGCGGGUCGCUGCUCAUCCAGACCAUAUGGACAGCUGUCAUCCUGCAUCCCGCCCACCUUUGGGUCUGUGGUUGUGUUCAAGCUGCCUAUAUCAGGGGAUUUUACCGAGAGCUGACCUCAGUGCAAGCCCUGACCCUGUGCUGGGAGGACACGUUCACUCUUGGCUGCCUGGGUGCAAGGGCUGUCCCAAGGCCUCCAAGGGAUAUGAGGCAGGAAGCCUUCUGCAGCAGCUCAUGUAUCUCCGAUGUGAGCUAGUCACUCAAAGGCUUCCUUUCUGGAGAUCCAACACAAACCUCGCGGUUGUCAGAAUCAAUAAUUUAUAUUUUCGGUGCACCACCUCCUCAGCCCCACUUCCACAAUCCCAAAGUCCCCAGCAAUCUUAGCUCGGAAGGGAAUGUGACUCAGGCCUUCAACUGAAGCGCUGUCAUCUGCAAACCCUGAAGACUGGAUGUGGCCAUGGUUUUAUCACUGGCCACCAGCUGCCUCUAGAGCUCUUGCCUCCUCCCCAAUGAUUCAGCAAAUCUUCUUUGAGGAGAAAAACAAGCGCACAAGUGAACAAAUCACAAUGUCAGAUUACCAAAAUGAGCGGGGAAAACCUGCAGCGCAAAGGAGGGAGAUAAGAGCUGGUGAAGUCGCACGAUCCAAGGACUGAAAGGCCUGGCAAAGACUUGGUUUUGGAGAAGAGGCAAUAAUAAUGUGAAAAAUAAGACUGUAAUUUGGAGUCUUUACCCCACGAAACAUUGCUAACAAUAAAAGAGAACACAACGUGGAAGGAAAUGAAGCAUAUUCUGCCCUCCGGUAUCUGGGUAUUGCACAGGGCUGAUAGGGAUUUUUUACGGGUGUAGCUGAGAGCUGAAUAGUCCAUUCUGGUUUACACUGGAACAAAGUUCCCUCAAGCAAACUACUUCCAGAAGGAGUUUCUGCUCUUCAUAACCAAGACUUUCAAUAGUUUGAACUAUUUUGAACAUUCUGUGUCAUUUGGUAUUUAAGACAUAGCACAGGGCAGUUAGAAACAACGUUUAACUGCUACAGUUUUGGCCACUGUAUCAUCUUUAUAUAUUAUAACCUUUUUCCGUAAAAAUUUUGUUUCCUGCUGUUAACUGCUCCUGAGGUGGAACACAGUAACAGCUUAGCAGCUCACGGUACACAGCCUAUAGAAUAGAAAGUAAAGGAGAAGCUUUGGCCAAACCUUAGCGAGGAGGCGUAGCGUUUCCCCUAAUGGCAUUGAGCCCAGACACGCCGGUCACAGCCCAGCCUUGCAAGAAUGCCAUGAAAGCCUAAUGAAAAUAAGGGUGCUUGCAAUUCAUGGAGAGCUCACGUCAUGCUUGUGGAGCCUCUCAGCCCAGUGGGUCUCUGAUAUUUGUGAGAAAGAGAUACAGCCUUCCACUAGAUCAAACACAACACAAAAAAUAAGCGCAAAAAGAAGAGGAGCUCAGGAACUGUCUGUUGUGGAUGGAUAAACUGAAGCUGACUUUAACCUCAUAUUGCUUUUAUACUUUUCCUGAUUUACCUCACUAACCAGCACAGAGAUCAAUGACUUGACGCUAAAGUACAGCUAAGCAGGACUGACUUACCCUGCUAUAGGUCUGUACAUUCUCCAUGAAUAUUUAUGUAUUCACCCCACCAACAACUUACAGCUCACAAAACCUCCUUGCUCCUUCUCCAAGGGAACAGGGUCUUCGUGUACAUACCUACAGCGCCUACUGCUCUUCCCCAGGAAACAUGAAGGAGGCGACCACAGCACAAGCCAGAAGACCUCUCAAGCUCACCCAGAGAGCUAACACCAUCUAAGCCAUGCAUGAAUGAUUCUGGGGAUGUCUCCUUUUAAAGCCUUUCCCUCUGUAGUGCUGCCACCUGCGCUCACAGGUUUGGGGGUUUCUCUCCUCUAACAAUAAUCAGGUGUGCUCUUAGACCUGGAGUGGCAGAGCCAAGGGAAUUACGGUUUUUAAAAUAAAAAUGUGGUACUACUGCACCCUACAGGCUGAAAACAGCGAAUAUAUAAUUAUAUAUUUUUUUAAAUCACAAUUUCUAAGCCAGUUUCAUAACUUUGAGGAGGGAGACUGGCUCCCAGGUAUUUGGGACUGGGGGUUUCGCUUCUGCCCCAUCGCGGAUCUCUCACAGAACGAACACACCCAUUGCCCACCCUGUGGGAUGAGCAGGGGCAACAGCAGCGGCUGUAACACCAACACAGGAACAUGCACACCCCCCACACACCAGAACCCCUGACUGAGGUGGGGGGCUGUCCCACACACCCUGGCGGCUGUGGCAGGGCACCCACAGGAAAGGGGGAGCGCAGGGACUGAGCAGAAGUGGUUGGGGGGUGAAGGCGGGAUGGAGACCUUCACCAGUUUAAGCUGCCGCCCUGUUCUGUUCUAUCCCUCUUGGUUUGGCACAACAGAGGCGGGCACACUUGAGAAACUGCCUGGCAGCAGAAACCUCAGCAAAAGUCCACUUGAGGCCUUGCCAGGUGAGGGGACCUGGAGAUGUGGUGAAGAUGACUGCCUCCCCCAGCACACCAUGUGCAGCGUGGGGUGCAGUGAGCCCGGCUCUCUGCCUGCUGCCAGUGGGCUGGAACGUGCAGGAGUCAAUGCCAUAUGCUCCUGUGACCACGUUCAUGGGACCUGUUCCCUCCUGGCCCACGGCUGGUUUUGCCGGAACAAUCUGUGAGAUCUCCCACAAGAAACAUCUUUCAUUUUCUCACUGUAGUCCUUCAUCGGCACUUUACAAGAAAAAAAAAUUAAUCUAAACUGCAUUUCCAUCUUGGCUUGUCCCUGGACCCUACUGAGCUGCAGUAAUUACAGUAGAGGAAAUGCAGAGGGUGAAGCCUUUUGUGCUGCAAACGCAUUUCAUACAAACCAGUAGCCGAUUGCCUGAGGGUUUUCUGUCGGAUAGUACAGGGGACCUCUGUCAUUGUGCAACUGGAUGUAGCUUUGCUGGGGUUUCUUCAAAUUUAAAUUUUCUUGCCUCAGUGAUGUCACAGGAGUCUUUUACGGUACCAGGAUGUGAUUCCAAAAUCCAUAGGGAGGUGUGGCCAAAGAUAAACCAACCCAUUGCUCACGUGGCUGAGUCCCUUCUCUUCCAAAAUCUGGGGCACAAACUUCCAUUUUCGCAUGUUCCCGUGAAGGCCCCGAAUCCAUGUGUGCCACAGGCAGAAAGCAAACCCGAUCCUUUCCCCCUUUCUUAGGGAGGGAUACAACAAUCCCCAGGUGUCUGGUGAGAACCUGAUUGGCCUCAGCAGGGCCCGUCGCCCGCACAACGCUAUCUUUGUGAACUUUGAUGAUGAAGAAAUCCCAACUAAACCCCUGGAUGCUGCUGUACAGACCUGGAAGAAAGUGUGCACCAACCCUGUGGACAAAAAGGCGGAGGAAGAGCUGAGAAAGCCUCUUUGAAGUCCCUCCUGUCUGGUCUCGGAAUGCAGUAAAAGCCAAUAUCAGCGUUCACCCCGCCAAGCUGGAACUUCUGUUGCCGUAUUUGGCCUAUUACAUGCUGGGUGUGGUGUACACCGAGGGCGGUUUUGUGGAAGGCGAGAGUAAAAAACUGGGACUCUUUGGGAGUUACAUCGACAUCUUCAGAGGGAUCCCCUUUGCUGCCCCUCCAAAGACUCUGGAAGACCCCCGACCUCAUCCUGGCUGGGAUGGGACGUUGCAGGCAAAAGAAUUCAAAAAUCGCUGCAUGCAGAUGACGCUCACACAAUCUGACGUCCGCGGGACGGAGGACUGUCUCUAUCUGAACAUCUGGAUCCCUCAAGGGAAGAGACAGGUCUCUACCAACUUGCCGGUGAUGGUCUGGAUCUACGGCGGCGGCUUCCUUGUAGGAGGGAGCCAGGGAGCCAACUUCCUCAGUAACUACCUCUAUGAUGGUGAGGAGAUCGCUGUGCGGGGCAACGUGAUCGUGGUGACCGUCAACUAUCGCCUGGGGCCCCUGGGCUUCCUGAGCACUGGAGAUGAAAACUUGCCAGGGAACUAUGGGCUGAAGGACCAGCACAUGGCUAUUGCCUGGGUGAAGAGAAAUAUCAAGGCCUUUGGCGGUGACCCGGAAAACAUCACCAUCUUCGGGGAAUCAGCCGGUGCCGCCAGUGUCUCCCUGCAGACGUUGAGCCCAAAGAACAAGGGUCUGUUCAAGAGAGCCAUCAGCCAGAGCGGUGUCGGUCUCUGCAGCUGGGCCAUCCAGAGGGACCCACUCGCCUGGGCUAAAAAGCUUGGACAAAAAGUGGGCUGCCCCCUUGACAACACCACCGUUUUGGCUAACUGCCUGCGCACCUCCGACCCCAAAACUCUGACGCUGGCCUACCACCUGCAUCUGAUCAACCUGCCCGUUCCACUGGUUCACACACUCGCCAUCACUCCUGUCGUCGACGGAGACUUCCUUCCAGACAUGCCAGAGAACCUCUUUGCCAACGCUGCUGACAUUGACUACAUUGCUGGGGUCAAUGACAUGGAUGGGCACAUCUUUGCUGGCAUUGAUUUACCUGCUAUCAACCGCCCAUUUGUGAAAGUCACUGCGGAUGAGGUCUAUAAUUUGAUCAAAGGACUUACUGUGGACAGAGGCGAGCGCGGAGCCAACGCGACAUACGAUCUCUAUACGCAACCGUGGGGUGACAACCCGAGCCAGGAGCUCAUAAAGAAGACAGUGGUGGACCUGAUUACUGACUACAUCUUCCUGGUUCCCACACAGUGGGCACUGAACCUGCACCUGCAGAAUGCCCGGAAUGCCAAGACGUACAGCUACCUGUUCUCCCAGCCAUCCCGAAUGCCCGUCUACCCAAGCUGGGUAGGGGCAGACCAUGCUGAUGACCUGCAGUACGUGUUUGGGAAACCCUUUGCCACCCCCCUGGGCUACCUGCCCAAGCACAGGACUGUCUCAGGUGCCAUGAUUGCUUACUGGACCAACUUUGCCAGGACAGGUGAUCCCAACAAAGGGAACUCAAAGGUGCCCGUUAACUGGCCGCCCUACACCAAUGAGGCCAGUAACUACCUGGAAAUCAACAACAAGUUGAGCCAGAACUCUGUGAAGCAGAAUCUGAAAAGCCAGUAUGUGACCUUCUGGAACACGGUCUAUCAGAGUCUGCCACAGGUUGCCAACAUCUCCCUGGCUGAUGAACUGCUGUGGAACUAAGAAAAAACACCUUUUAAAUAUUGGCCCAAUUCAUUAAAGGCUUGC